AUGGUAGCCGCUACCAACGCCGCUACCUUCGAAUCCGAUCGCCGGUACAAGCUAUCCGCUGACCUCUUGAGAAGGUUGUUCGACCUCUUCUGUCUUGCCUGGGUCGUCCCCAUUGCUAUCCUCCUCAUCCUGAACUACAACAACUGGACUGUCGGUGCCGGCGUUGGUUGCCGCCUCAAAUGGCGCAAAGACCACUGCUACAUCGGCCUCUUGGGCACCGACCGGUCUGAUACCUCGUCGAGGGCGGCCAAGCUGGAUCAAAGCGACCACGAAAUCCUGGGCGCGUUGCAACUUGUGGCCAAAGCACUCGAGGUCUGGUUCAGCAUUGUGGCCACAAGCUUGAUAUAUGACUUGACAAUGCUGCUGGGCCGGCAGGGCACGGGACUUCCGAUGGCGUACCUUUUGACGCAUGUAGAAUUUGGAGACAUAUCGACGAUUUUCAGCCAUACAUUCUGGACGUCGUCCGGCCUCUUCAGUCGUCGGAGGAGAGGAAGUCUUGCCUUGUUUGCAGUCUUGGUUGCCCUUUUGUGCAUCGCCUGCAACCUCAUGGGCCCCGCUACCGCUGUACUGGUGAUCCCGACGUUAGGAUGGUCGGAGAGUACCGUUCCCGGUGCCGAAAGAUUGAGGGAGAUAGCGGCGUCGGAUCCUCCAAGCAAUCCUGCGGUUGCACCUGGCUGUGAUGCUUCAUCGCUAGCAAGUGGCAAUUACACUUGUACAGAUUACUACCUACCAACACUGGAUGCCCUAUCAUCAGCCAUAUUAUUUGGCCUUCAAGAGUAUCAGCAAGGUUAUGGUGUGAAUCUCGGUAUCUUCCGCGAGAGUGGCUUGUCAUUCGCCUUCAACAAUACAAUUUUGGCUAGUGAGUCGAUUGUAUGGGCACCGAACCGCCAGGUCAUACGAGAAAUGUCUAAUGACUAUGUUGAGUUCCAAGCAACCCAAGUUGCCAAUAGAACGUUCGAAGAAGCGAGGUCUAUCGCCGCAGCAUGGAACCGAAAUCUCGACGAAGCUCUCUACAACUCCUACCGGAAUGUGCUCGACGUCUCGCUGUCACGCCAGGGACCCAGCCUCGGAACAAUGGUAUCGCGCUGCGCUAGGGGAAAUGCCACGGAGAUCGUUGUCUCGGAGGCGAAAUCUGUGCGCUGCUAUUAUUUCAACUGGUCUAUUGAUGGAGUCUACAACGGAUACCAGUGUAUCCGCGUUGGUCUCGGGUGGAACAAUGCCAGCCUAGUGAACUCCCAUUUCCUUAUCGGAGGCAUCGCCAGCACGCCAAAGGCAAAUGUCUCAGUCGGCGCCUACGCAGAGACUGAGAGCAUACUCCUGGGGGAGGAAUCUUUCUCAUGUGUCUUCCAGAGUGAAGGCACUCAACCUUGCGACUGGGAUCUUCUGUUUUCUGGAAAAUCCCCAGGUGCCACAAUCAACCUGGCAAGUCAACAACAAUACAUCGAGUAUGUCUUAUCACAGCCAGGCGUUACCAAUGCCACGCUCGUGUGCUAUAGCAAUACUUAUCUCGCCACCGUUUGGUACAAUAUCGACAUUUCUCCCGAGACGAAUUCGCUUGGUCUGGUCAGUCUGAUUUCGCCAGCUGGUGACCUAGUUGAGAAGCAGCAGCCCAUUGCCUUUCAUCCCGACUGGGUGCUUGCAGCCUGGGCAGUGCCCCGAUUUGGUACGGUGGAUGGCAACAGCGCGGCAGCAUCGAAUCUGGUCAACGCACUGCAAACGGCCGCCUCCACACAACCGCCUCAGACAUUCGGUGAAGACCCCGGAUUAGUUGCAAUCUCUAACCUACACGCAGGGUCAUUGCUCCAUGCCUUGACGUUAGUGGACUUCACAACGCUGAAUGCUACCGACGCUCCUGCAGGAGACGAUGCGCUGCAUCCGCGUCUAGCUAUGUCGCGAAGGCUCCGAGUCUGGGCAUACGGCCACUCAUCGCACACAUUUAGGGUCGGUAUGGUCGUUGUGAUUUUUGGUUCACUUUGUGUCUUUCUUCGCGUGGGCCUCGGAUUCUACAUCGUGUCGAAGCACAGAUCCACAACCAAAUUCCUCUCUGCCGCCUUGAGAUAUCGGCCGACUGACGAUGAAUUUGACAGUCUUAGGAAGAAGUCUGAUAUGGCGCAUUUCUCCCUCAGAAUGGUGCAGAAAGACGCUGGGGCGGUGGACUUUGUUCCGCCACAAGGGUAUGUGUGGUAUAGGCCUGUGCACGGGUCUGUAUAG